AUGUCUGUGAAACUAAUUAAAAUAAACCCGAUUUUUCAAACUGACGAAUUAAAUUUGCUUAAUAGCCUACAAUAUAAAUACAAAAAUGUAUUAGAAAAUAAACAGAAGGGCACAAAACCCAAACCUCCCAGUACACGAGGACGUUAUUAUCAACACCUAGUAAAAAGGCUUAAGUCUAAAAGCCCAGUGUGGAUAAAACUCGAAACAGAAGUAACCAUAAAGAACUAUUGGAAAAGCCGCUGGAAAGAUGCUGAAGUGCCUAAAAAACGCAGAGCUGAUUGGAGAAUCAACCAAGGAACUUCCAGGAUACGAUUUCCCUCGCUCAUUAUGGACAACAAUGAAUAG